AUGACGGGGACGGGCAAGUGGAAAGGCCUCACGCAAUUCAGAAAUCCCUUUUUUGAGGGACAACCACAUUUGCAACCCUUCAAAGCCGAAGAAUUAAAAAGACGAGAAACAAAAUUAUCCGAAAAAGACCGCAAAUUAAAAGAAGAUGCCGAAAAAAGACAAAAAGAAAAAGAAUUAGCCGAAUUAGAAGAACAAAAACGCGAAGAAGCACGAUUAUCUCACAUUUCAAUUAAUCAAAUUAAUCAAUGA